AUGAUGAACAUCACCCGAAGACAAGUGGAUAAACAAAUGCUUGACAUUCCAUCGGUCGAAGAAAUCACACAACAAUUUCCAGAAGUGACCGAAAGUCCGAAGAAAGACAUUCUAAUGAAUGCAUUCAUUAAACGGAUCGACGGAAUCGACAUUUUCGGCCAAUUUAUCGCUAAUAUUGUCAAAAAGAGAUGUUUACGGGAAAAGACAAACCGUGACAACGAUAACAAUGACGACAAUUUGUCGCUAAAUAUGAAACGUUUAUAUGAAUUGCCAUUAAAUCGUUUAAUUGAUUUAUUGCCCGUUGUUUUCAAUACACUCGAUGAGAGCGAACAGCAAUCGCUUGUUUCGCAUAUAUUUGACCGCUUUAUCGGUUUGGCCUCAAGUGAAGAAUAUCGUCAACUGAACGCUCAAAAUAUUGAUUUUUUGUUUACAAAAGUGAAUCAAUUAAGUGAUGAACACAACAGUGAAGUGAAUCCAAUUGGAAAACAAGUGACUGACGGCCUCUUUAAGCAAUUGGCGAAUGCAAUCAAAUUCAUGGUUAAAAUGUUUAAGAAGUGUUCGCUUAAAAUAGGAGACAUUGACACCGAAGAGGAAUUGAUCCAAUUAUUUGUCAUUACGUUUUCGUUAGCACUUGAUAUGAGACUUAUUACGGAUAUUGAAUGGAUUAUGGAUUUAAAAGAAUUGAUUACUUUGAACGAAUUGGAAAUGGAUUACAGUUUGCAAUCGAUUCAACUGAUAUUAAACCAAAUCGAUUGGAAACAAUUAAAUCGCGAACAUAUUCACGCCAUUAUCAAACUUAUUUCCCAAUCUAUGGAUUUGCCAAACGAUUUACUUCACUAUAAAGAGACAAUUUGCCAAAUACUGAAGACAUUGGACUUUCAGAUCAACAUUUGUGUCCCAAAAGCGUCCGACUUUGAAGCUUUGGAUGCGGUGUCUGAAGAAUAA